AUGGCGUCAGAAUCAGCGACCUACACAAUCGCAGUCAGAACCAUCGACACUACUACCAGCGAGCCUGGCUUUGUCCUCGUAGAGAAAGCUGUGUGGUUGUAUGGUGGCGGGACGUGGUCCAACAAGGACUCCAUCGAGACGCUCACCAUGGGCGGUAGUGGCACUUCUGGUUCACUCCGCUUCAAAAGUGGCACUGGGGAAGAGUUCUUCGUGGCGCUAGGCGUCCACAACUACAAAAGGUGGUGUGACAUCGUCACUGACCUUGGACCUGGAGACACAUCCCUGAAGAUCCUGCCCGAAUAUUACGUGGCUUCCAGCCCCAAGAACGAGAUGCUGUGGAAGCAGCUGGAUCAGAUCAGUGUAAAGAGCAAGAAAGGUACUAAAGUGGCUCUGAAGUACGUCAAGGAUGAAGGAACCGCCCUCGUCGUCCAUAUCACCAUUAGUACUUCUUGA